AUGGAUAUCGAUAUAGGACGUUAUUUUAAAGAGAAGCAUUAUGAUGACAAAUUGCUAGACUUCAUCAGGUUCGACGUCAAAACACCUAAAAAGACUAAAUAUAAACUACAAAUGUCUACGGCGAAGGAUGAAGAAAGUUUACGAUUACAAAGAUUCUACCAGUUGGGAAUAGAUUUGAAACUAAAAUAUACCAAGCGGAAGUUAUUGAAGAAGCAGGGACGGAUCAAGAAUGCUACUGAGGAGUUAUUGCAGUUAGCUAAUGAACAAUUGAAACUAUUCAACAGAAUUGUAGAAAGAGAGACCAAUUGGAUAAUUUACCCACUAUGGGUGAUGGCUAAACAAUUGAUUUGCCUGUCAAACCAAUCGAGUGAGCUCAAUAAAGAUUCAAUAGAAGAGUGUGGGCGUACCAUCCACAGAAGUUUCACCAUAUGCCUCAAUGAUAGAAAUCCAAGAUUAAAUGAAAACAAAAAAAUUGGGUGUUAUAUGUUUGCCAAUCUAGAAUUUUCCAUCUAUCAUCACUUAAACAAUAAAGAUAUGAUUAAAAAUUUAGUUAAAGUCCUUGAGAGCAGAGUGAAUGCCCAUGAUAUCCCCCCACUGAAUAAAAGUUUGGCAAUUGAACAUAAGUCACAGGUAGUGUUAUAUAACUAUUAUCUGGGCCACUACUACGGAUGUCUAGAGAAUGACCACGAACGUGGGUUUUUACACUUAAAUGAUGCACUACUGCAAUGCCCAGUAUUAUAUGUGGAAUCCACGGGCAAGUUCGUCCUACAGUACCAAAUGGAGAAGAUAGUAACACUACUAGUUCCGCUCGCGCUUUUGACUAAGAGAUUGUAUCCGUGCUGGGAUCAUCCGGUAAUCGCUGGUAUAAUUACUGGAAGUAAAAGCUUGAGCCAACUUUACCCGACAUUAGUGCGUAGUGUAAUUACAGGGAACUUGUCAUUGUAUGAUGUUACCACUUCUAAUAAUGAAAGAUUCUUCCUUAAGCAAGGUUUGCAUAUCGCCAUUACAUUGCUUCGAGAAGUAGUUUUUACUCGGCUGGUACAGCGAUGUUGGCAAUGGGGCAAUGAUAGAAAAAGCAUCAUGCCCUUAAGGAUCCUGCUGGCUAUAAAUCAACAGCAUAACUCUGUCGAUGAGGAUGAGGAAGAGCAAUUAAACGCGCUGGAGUGUCGUCUAGCAAGUGCUAUAGCAAAUGGGCUGUUACGUGCCUACCUUUCUCACUCUAACCGUUGCAUCGUCUUUAGUAAGAAAGAACCUUUUCCCCAUGAAAAUGAUACAAAAUAG